GUCAUCUGCUGGUGACACAGAGCUGCCUACUUUCACUGGAGAGCUCAGACCUUCAGCUUCAUUCUCAUUCAGACUCUCACCGAAGCAGCAGCUGCCCUCAGGUGCCAUGAACGCGCAUCUUUAGUGGCACAUUAAUGGCACCGUUUCAGCGCGAUUUUUGUUUCUGUCUUUCUUCACCCAAAUAAGAAGGUGCGAUUAAAUUAGUUAUGGAUCGAUUGGAUGAAUGGAGCUUCAAGUCCAAGAAGAUGGACCUGGAGGAGGAUUUCUACUUCCACUACGGAGCGGGGGAAAUAACAGAUUAUCAGGACCCCAAUGAACUUCUGGCUGCUUUGAAACAAAAGGAGGAAGAGGUUAUUUUGGCAGCCCAGCUGGGAAACGCAUUGCUCCUGGAAAACCGUCAGCUCAAAGAGCAGAGCGAAAAACUUCAUGAGCAGUACGCAGACAAGCUGGAGGAGCUGGAGCAGGGAAAGCAUGAGCUGCGACUGAAGCUGGAGGGCUCCCAGUCCCAGUGGGAGAGCCAGGUGGGUGACCUGGAGCGGGACACGAGGGAGCUGAGCGCCCAGGUGGAACGACUCACCCGGGCGCUCAGCGAGGCCGAGAAGGACAAGAGUCGAGCCCAGCUGGAGCACAGCGAGCAGACGCAGCGACUCAGGGAGGAGCUGAACACUGCGAUGGAGGUGGAGAGAGCCAUGUCCACUGAGCUGCAGGCGCUAAAACAGGAGCUUCAACAAAAAGGAAGCCACAACAGGCAGCAGGACGAGGAGCUGAUCAGUGCCAUGAGAGAGCAGGUGUUGCGACUCACACAGAAAGAACAAACUCUGGAGCAGCGCUUGGAGAGCGUUUGUCAAGAAAAUUCAGAGUUGAGGGCGAGUUUGGCCUCUUUGCACACUCGCUUGGCUCUUCAUGACCAACUGAACCAGCAGCACAGCCAGCAGCUAGCCGAGGCGUGGCAGGAGGUGGAGGCGGCUCGGAGUCGGUCGCAGCAGCUGCAGGCCCAGGUGGAGGAGCUGCAGGAGGAGGUGUCCCUGCAGGAGAGCAGGAGCCACGGAGACGCCUCCCUGUUGUCAGAGCUGGAGAGUAGCCUGGAGACGGCCAGCCUGGGAGUCAGCAAAGAAGAGAUCUCACAAGAAAUGAAGUCCAUCCUCCAGUUACUCCUCCCAUUGAUUGGAGGAGCGAGCAGCUCUGUGAGGUCAGAGGUGGUGGAUCAGCAGCAGGACCUGCAGGCAAUGCUGCUCCGGCUGAAGGCAGUGGCUCAAACUCUGGCGUCCGGCCCUCAGGAGCUGAAUCUGGGUUUUGUCGGCAGGACGGCUGAUCAGUGUGGGAAUCUGAGCGCAGCACAGGAGCUGACAGAUCAGAACAUCCAGCUGCAGCAGGAAAACACUGAGCUGUUGCAGAAGCUGCAGAGAACACAAGAUCAAGCUGACGUCGUCCAACAGGCCAUCAGAGACCGAGACGAAGCCAUAGCCAAGAAAAACCUGAUGGAGGCAGAGUUGGUGAGAAGCAAAAAUGACAUGAUGUCUCUGAACAACCAGUUAUUAGAAGCCAUCCAACGCAAACUGGAACUUUCACAGGAACUGGAGGCCUGGCAGGACGACAUCCAGAUCAUCAUCAACCAGCAACUCAAGUCCCAGCAGCAGUCGGAGCAGCCUCAGAAGAAGCCCACUUCCAACGGCAUGUCGUUCUUCCGCAGACCCAGCAGAACGGCCUCCACCUGGACACGCCAGUCGUCCACGUCCUCCUGGAGUUCAGAUGUUAAUCAGGACAAAGCCCAGUCUCCAUGGAGGGACUGGUUAAGACGGGGUAAAGGAGCCCAGUACGGCAAAUAAUGGACACUGAGAGCCACAACUACCUGCUGACUUCUGUGGGGAAGGAGGUCACAAGUGGAGCUUCUCGUACAUUAUAUGUGGUGAAAAAGAGCCAUAAAGACACUGUUAAUUCAGUGAUGGAAACACUGAACCACUACACUUACUGAAACAUUUCACUGAGAGACUGAGCCUUCUGAAAAUCUCAUCUGUAACGACCUGAAACACUACCAUUUUCGCAGCGUUACAUUCGAAGGUUUGACUGUACAUAUUGUGCCUUAUUUUGUAAUAUUAUGAAUGUCUUCAUGUCUGAGACGUUAUAUGAAAUAUGUGAUAGGUGUAGAUCAGUGGAAAGUAUUUGCUCAGAUUAUUUAACUUAAAUGAUCAAAGAGGUCAGAAGGUAAACGAUCAAACCUUUCAAUUUCAGUCGUUACUGAAGUUGUCUUUACCAAGUUGGAUGUAAGAAAUUUUGUCUUUUUUUUUUUUUUUUACAGUCAAUUUUGCUCAAAAGCUAAGUCUGUAAAAAAUGUUGUUCGUAUGAGAAACACUGUAUGUCUUGAUGGACAUUGAGAAUGCUGGUGUUUUCUAUAAUAUUGUUUGGUUUUUAGUUAAAAACCAAAAACGUUCUCUUGGUGUGUUGUGUGUCUGUGUGCAGCAGACACAUGUAUGUUCAUUUUCUGUGACUCAGUGUUCAGUAUUGAAGCUGCUUAGUACAAACCAUGUUGUUUCCUUAAGCUGUCUGAAUGACCACAUCUGGAAUGAUUGCCGGAUAGUUUCAUAAAACAUCAAAUAAUAA